GCGGCGGUCUCGAGUCGCUUUUAUGAGGCCCCCUGCGUCGCCGCUGCUGCCGGCUCCGCUCCGCGAUGUGCGCCUGGACGUGCCGCCUUCCCUGAGCGGGUCCAGCGCUGCUGCCAUGGGAGCGAGCGGGGGCGGCCCCCUGCUGCCCGAGCGGCUCCGCCUGCCCGUCUGCUUCCUGGGCGUCUUCGUCUGCUACUUCUACUACGGCAUCCUGCAGGAGAGCAUAACUAGAGGUAAAUAUGGAGAAGGUGCCAAGCAGGAAAAGUUCAAAUAUGCUUUGUCCUUGGUCUUCAUUCAGUGUGUGAUCAAUGCCAUCUUUGCCAGGUUAGUGAUCCAGUUUUUUGACUCCAUCAGGGUGGAUCGGACCCAGAACUGGCUGUAUGCAGCUUGCUCGCUUUCCUAUCUGGGUGCUAUGGUUUCCAGCAAUUCGGCUCUGCAGUUUGUCAACUAUCCAACUCAGGUCCUUGGGAAGUCCUGUAAGCCGAUUCCAGUUAUGCUCUUAGGGGUGACGGUGCUGAGGAAGAAAUACCCACUAGCCAAAUAUCUGUGUGUCCUGCUGAUUGUCACAGGCGUGGCUCUGUUCAUGUACAAGCCUAAAAAGGGAGGCGAUGGUGAGGACGACCACAUCUUUGGCUAUGGAGAACUCCUCCUGCUGUUGUCACUAACAUUGGAUGGACUGACGGGAGUGUCUCAGGACCAUAUGAGAGCUCAUUACCAAACUGGUUCCAAUCACAUGAUGCUAAAUGUUAAUCUAUGGUCCACCUUGUUCCUGGGGGCUGGUAUCUUGUUCACUGGAGAGCUCUGGGAAUUCCUGAGUUUUGCUGAACGCUACCCCCACAUCCUCUACAACAUCCUGCUGUUUGGCCUGACAAGUGCACUGGGUCAGAGUUUCAUCUUCAUGACUGUGGUAUACUUUGGACCCUUAACUUGUUCAAUCAUCACCACAACCCGCAAAUUCUUCACCAUUUUAGCAUCUGUCAUUCUAUUUGCCAACCCGAUCAGCAUGAUGCAGUGGGUGGGAACUAUCCUGGUAUUCAUGGGUCUUGGACUUGAUGCCAAAUUUGGGAAGGUUUCAAAGAAGACAACACAUUAGGAGGACUUCUGAACUCUACAAAAUUGGAAUGAACUCUUUAACUUAUUGUCUUGUACCUCAGCAUCUGUUAUGAAACUGGACUCAGGAUGGGUGCCCGGGGAAGGGAAUGGGUAUUGGUUUUUAAUUAUGAAGUGUUUUAAAAUGUGUUAAUUUUAAUCAAGAGUUUAGCCUUUUUUUCCUCUGUAAUCAAAAUUGCAUUGAUGGAUCCCAGUAGCGGGGAGAAAUUCAAGUCUUAAUGGGAGAAACACUUCAUACCUUUAUUAAAGAAAAGGAGAGAGGAGUCACUUUUCUGACCUUUAUUUCAAAGCAGUCUUCCAGUUGUUCUUGGAAAGCCUUGUUCUCUGCAACCUUGCAGCCUUCUCAGCAUGUAGAAGUAUUAUAACUAGCAUUUCUCCUCCACCAUACUCCAAAGGAAAGUGUCAGUCUUUGUUUCUUCCAUCUGAGUUUGGUGCAGUGUAGCAAAAGCCCAGGAUUGAGUGACAAUAUUGAAAAGAGAAAUCCCAUCUCUCCCUAGGAGAAUGGGUCUCCAGAACAUGGUUGGUGAAGCAGUGAGAACGGUUCUAGUUUUCACUAAUAUACCCAACUUGUAAUCUUCUCUCCAUCAGCACUAUUUAAAAUAGAAAGAGCAAUUUUGGGUAUAUGUAACAAAGUCCUGGGCUCUGCAGUUUUCAUCCCAUCUGCUUAACCACUUGGGGCCAAAUUAAUUCUCUUUCAUCCCACCCCCUCUGCUGUUGAAGAAACAAGACCCUCUGCUGCUAAAACCAUGCCAAGGUUUUGUGACAGCAGCUUCUAAAUGUUGAAAGCGAUCUUGUUAAUUAACCGGCAUCACUGAGAGCUGUGGAACGCCUGCUCCUGAGUGCACAGGCUGUCUCCCAAGUGUUGUAGGGGGAGGAGCCAUUAGCAUAAUGAUGCCUUCAAAGUUGGAGAGCAAAAUUCUCCAAAGAGCAAACUUUACACAUGAAAGCGUGUUUCCACCAGCUGUUGCUUCGUUUCCAUCUGUUCUGUGACUUGGCCUCUUGCCCCUCCAGAUGGGAUCUUGAUCGCCUUCCUGAGUGACUGCUGCAAGUCUGUUCUUCCCCACACCCCCUGGAACCUUUCUGGCCACAGCUUGGCUUUCAUUAAUCUUUUUAAUGUCCCAUGGCUCUUCCCAAAGGACAGGUUUCUUUCAAAAUUGAACUUUUUAGGAAAAGAUAUUAAAGUUCAUCUGGAAAUUUUUUCCUCCAUCACCAACUCCUCCCCACUAGCUUCCUAUUUCCUUAAAGAUAGACUGAUUAAUAGCAAACAUGUUUUCUGUAGUGGAGAAUCCCUGAUUCAACUCUCCUGCUAUUUAACUCCAUGAGUCCUGUGUUCACUAUGAAAUGUAGCUUGAUAUAUGCUGGUAUCUGGUCCUACGAAUCUAGCUAUUCUUAGUCCCUAUGUAGACUCUGACAUCUCCCAUGUAGGUACAGCUUUAGCCUCUUAACAUCCCAUUUCUACAGUUCAAAAAGUGAGCCAUAAACUGUGACUCAGUUCAUAUAGGGAGUCUAUGGCAGAGCUAGAAAUUGGACCUGGCUCUCCUGAUUUUCAGUCUAGUGCCUUAAUUACAAGGCUAUCCUUCCUCCUUUUAAAGAGGAAGACUAGCACGAGUGGCGGGAGAUGGAUAUGGCCUAUGCACCUCGAAGAAACCUAUAGCUAAGACUCGAUACAUUUAUGCUGGAGGAAACUGGAGCAGUAGCAAAAUUGUUCUAGGUUGGCUCCAUGUUCUGAUAAAACUGUUUCUUGCACUUGGCCCCUUUAAAAUUACUGUUGAGAUUGGUGCCUGAACUCCUUGUGUAAACAAUGCCUUAUUCCCACAUCACUCAGGCUCCAGUGUAGCUGUAGGGGUUUGUACUACUAAUAUAAACAGGGUUUACUGUAGGACUGCUUACUUACCUACCUCUGAGCUCAGUACAGACAAACACAGCACAUUUUUAGGAUAUACAAGAAUCAAUCUCUGAUUAGUGACUGUGAGUCUAUGCUUGGUGAACACUGCAAUUCAAAGGGAAAUUAAUCAGUUUUUACUAUAUCUUAGCUAGACACAAAGUUGUUGUCAGGACAAUGGAACAUCAUCUUUAAAAACAAGCCUCUUCUGCAAGGCUUUAAGCGUUACUCUCCCCUGCAGAUAGUUUGAUUGCUGGUGUUAAGAAAUCUAUUUAGCUGUUGGCUGACUUGUCAGCAUUUGCUGAAGGAGAGUCACAGAAGGAAGACCUGUGCCUAAACUCAGCCUUCUUCAAUGUAUUUGUCCUGCUAUACAGCUGGAAGAGGCUGGAAAUGGAAAUUGUUUUUAAUAAAAGGGUGAUUUGGCA